AUGGUUUGCGCCAACAGCGGGCCUGGUUCGGCAGCGAGACAGGCAGAAGCUCUAGAGCAAGAAGGGGUCAUUGUACGCUCUGAUAGCAUGAAUGAGUUCUACGUCGACAUGGCGCAGUUCGGGUGGUUCCCGGAUCGGCUGCCCAAUGAGGAGGAUGAUGGAGAGCUGGAUGCUAGUAUUGUUGGAGACGACGCUGCUGGAGGAGCGGGUUAA